UGGAGCAGUGAAGGACUCACAGUUACUCCCUAUUCAUCCACUCUGAACAAUGGCUGGCUCAUGCCUCACCAGAUGUUAGAAACUGGAGCUCCUGGAGAUCCAUCACUCCUGGAUUAUCAACUAUCAUCCCAUCCUCCUAGUCCUGUCUGUGGAUGCUCUGGGAUUUUGGAUAUCGGAUACUUCGUCCUUCGCAUCUCUCCUGCUAGCCUGCUAGCACUGAUUACUUUUUUUCUCUCGAUUAAAUCUCUCUCCACCAGUUGUAUUUAAACAGAGGAGUUAUUGAUCCAGACUUUUGUCCUCGGGGACUACUUGAACCCCACCUGCUGGUAAUGUGCAGGGAGUGCACAGGAGUUGACAUCCAGAGACCGUGGUUGUGAGCAGGCUACACUUGGCUCACGUCUCCAGCUCAGACGUGAGGAGAGAGGAACAGGGGGUGCCCCAUUACAAGCGUGGAGACUCCAUUGCUGCCCCUGUGUGAUGUACACAUAGAGACGGUAUGUGCUAGGGCGCAACAAAGGACAUUGUUUGCUACUGUAAGACUGCAUUGCACUCUGAGGCCAGAAAAGCGAAAGAAGAGACGAGGAGGCUAGGAGCAGCAGUGAAGAGGAGGGCAAGAAACUCCCGUUAAGUAGCCGCUCACCUCCACAGGGAAUCUGAAGUGCGGGGGAGAGGGCCACGAAUGAAUGAACCCGCAGUUUGUUUAAAGAGCGAUAACAACAGUUCUGAGAGAGCAAAGAUACACUGACCAUCUGUUCAGAGACAGGUAACUGACGUUCUGUUUAAAGACACAGAUAACUGCCGUUCUCUUUAUAGACAGAGAUAACCGGAGUUCUGUUAAGGCUGUCCAAAAGCAGAAAUAAAGACUGUAGUCAGAUUUGAACUGAGCCAACUGACCCGUCUGUUUCCUGCAGCUCCAACAUGAACACUUCCUCCUCCGAUGUGAAUCAGAGCAGCUCUCCUUUCUGCCUGCUAGGCCUGGAAUACUUGCACGCUCCCAACACUUGCGUGCUGGAGGUGGCCGUCAUUCUCUUCCUCACCAUCCUCAUCAUCGGCGGCAACCUGGUGGUGAUCUUCGUGUUCCACUGUGCCCCGCUGCUCCAGCAGCACACCACCAGCCACUUCAUCCAGACCAUGGCCUACGCAGACCUGCUGGUCGGGGUGAGCUGCCUGGUGCCCUCCCUGUCCCUGCUCCACUACCUCAGGGGUCUGGAUGAGGAGCUCACCUGCAAGGGAUUCGGCUACCUGGUGUCCGUGCUGAAGAGUGUGUCCAUGGCGUCCCUGGCGUGCAUCAGCGUCGACCGCUACAUCGCCAUAACGCGGCCGCUCUCCUACGCCACACUGGUGACGCCGUGCCGCCUGCGUAUCUGCAUCGGCCUCAUAUGGCUCUACUCCGCCCUCAUCUUCCUGCCCUCCUUCUUCGGCUGGGGGAAGCCCGGCUACCACGGAGACAUAUUCCGCUGGUGCGCCGCCUCGUGGCAGACCGGCCCGGGCUUCAGCUCGUUCAUCGUGGCUCUCCUGUACGCGCCCGCUGCCCUCACCGUGUGCUUCACCUACGGCAGCAUUUUCCGCAUCUGCCGCCAGCACACCCGCGAGAUCAACCGGCGCCACGCGCGCUUCGGCCCCCAGGAGUGCGACAGGGGUGAGCGCGGCGAGGGCUGCCCGGAUAAGCACUACGCCAUGGUGCUGUUUCGCAUCACCAGCGUCUUCUACGUCCUCUGGAUGCCCUACAUCCUCUACUUCCUGCUGGAGAGCGCCGGCCUCUAUCGCCACAUGGUGGCCUCCUUCCUCACCACAUGGCUGGCCAUCAGCAACAGCUUCUGCAACUGCCUCAUCUACAGCCUCUCUAACAGCAUGUUCCGGAAGGGCCUGGGACGUCUCUUCCAGCCGCUGUGCUCCCCUUGUCCGGGCCUGCAGUGCUGCCCUGAAAGGAGGAAGGGUCCUGCCCCACCCAGCCCACUCCCAGCCCCGGCCUGUGACGUGUAACAGUCUCCGGCAGACGCUGUCCGUUUGGUUAGCCGCAGUAAGAUUUGGCCUUUGGCGUCGGCUUUAGCCGCCGAUGAGUGCAGUGUGUGACUACAUUGCGUGUCACAGGUUGUCCGGCUGAAAUAGCAGCACAUGGAGGCCCCUGCGACCAAGCCAAAGAGGUGCCCGUAUCUGUUCCGUUCAUUGCAGAGGAGGGGUUUACAGGCAGUAGCUGUUUCCCAGUCAGGGGCAGGCCUGUUUUUCGCUGGGUGGAUCACCAUCAUGUGUGGUAGUAAAGAUGGGCAUUAGAGGAAAACAGAAGCAAUAGUUUUGGUGUCACAUUUAGGUGGGCAUGUGAAUCUUCAGCCUAGCGAAUAUUUUGUUUAUGCAAAAAAAAUUUAAAUAAACACUGCAGUGCAAAUCAUUUUAUCAACAUUGAUGCAAGGUCCACCGUCCCACUGUCUGUUUUUUCAGGGUUGAUGAUAAUGAUGCAAAAAAGUAAGCCUGUAGAAACAUGAAAGUAGUACUAUAUUUUUCCUCUUCAAAACUGUAGCGGACAAUUUCCAUUUUGUAGCAGUUAUAGAAUACCGACAAUAUCUCAAUGUUAAACAAUCUGAAGUAGUCCACUACAGACAGAAGCACACAGAAAGGACACAGUCAUUUACCAGUCAAAGAACAUUUCCCAGAACAACACUUGAGUUUGUUUCAGUAGCCCAUGAGGAUUUUAUCAAAGGGAUUAUUCUCUUUUGAAGUUGAGUGUUAGAAGCGAUAUCCAAGAAUGUUUAUGCAGUGUUGCGUUUCAGUCGUUCAGAGUUUCAGAAUGUUGAUGUAUGAAUUAUCUAAUUAUGACAAGAUGGCUAACUUUAUGCCCACAGGUGUACUGGUUUAUCAUGGUCCGCUUACUUUUGUUUUCUCUGCGAGAAGACGAAACGGAUUUAUUUGACAAUUUGAUUCCCCGUGUUUGAAUUGUUUGUGUAUGCUGGCGGUUGCCUUUCCACUGGUUUUGUGACAAAUGCAUGACUUGGCUCUUCCACAUUAUAAUCUGAAAGCGAUAAUGUAAUCGAGAUUUACUUACAAGAUUGGAAAUGCAUCGUGUUAAGCACGCAACUGAUCCAGGUGUACAGUACAACACAAUGAGAGACAUUAUCAUGUACAUAACCGAAACCAGCAGGACAACCUGACGGUCCAGGGAUGUUGUAAUGACUUCUCUGUUUGCAGGGAUGAUCUUCCAGUCUAGUUGUUCUCUCAUCCGCUAGACAGAUGAGUAGCACAUGAACCACUGGGCCAAAGUACUUUUCUAGAAAGCCAAAAGGUCAAGGAGGCAAAGGAGUUCUAUGUGGAACUCCUCCAGCCUCAAGGGCUUCUGCUGAAAGAUGGGUUGUGAAUGACUUAUUGGUUUCUAUGUGAACUAGGUUAUGUGUGAAUAUGUCUUAUAUUUAUAAUAGGAUAGCACAGUGUACACUUCGACAGUGUACAUUAAAACAUCAACAGAAAAAAAGGAACAAAGGCAACUGUUUUCUAUUUGCAGGGGUCUACUAAUAUGACCGAUGUUAUAGCACUUAAUGAGUCCCUCACAGGCACAGUACAGCAAGCAAGGGUCAAACUACUUGUCUAUUCAGCUAGGAAAAUUUGGAGAUGGGUGUUCAUUGCAGCACUCUGUAUUAUUUUCCCAGGAACAUUGAAUUCCAUUCUAGGAAUAUUUUAGAAUCACAAGGACAGCAUGAAGGCGUCCAUGUGCUAUUGUUUAGAAGAAUGAACAGUUACGAAUGUUCUGGGAGAAAUGUUGCAAUAUCAGUGCUUCACUUUGGUGUUAUGAUACGAUAUUCCAAGAUAAUUACAGAUAUUUUUAUAUAUAAUAUUGUUCUGAAAGUUUGUAUGCAUGAUGAUACUUCAGCCACUGAGUUGGGUGAGAUGAUCAAUACUCAUUUUAGGGUUAUGGUACUGAAAGCAGUUUUUCCAACUAUAGCCUACACUAUUUCUUUGAUAUCAUUACACACUGUUGAUGGUGUGUAAAUUAAAAAUACUGUAUUCCUUUAGGCCUUACUCUAGUUUUCAGAUAUGUCAUCUUUCAGGAAACAACACUUGUAGUUCAAGAGAACAUAUUUCAUUUUUAAUGGAUCUUUAUGGCUAUGUUUACACAGCCAUUUUUUUCCCUUCAUAUCCAAUAUUUUAUUUUCAAAUGUCCAGUUUCAUUUAUGACUGUCUUUUAUUGUUCUACAAAUCUGGAUAUUCACUGGCGACGUUUACACAGGCAAUCAGUUUUUUUUAGUUUUUUUUUUACCAAUCCCAUGUUGAUGAUCUAAUCUUUCUCAGAGCCAGUUUUAUUGGUGAUAAUCUCAAUAAGAGAAAAAGGUUCAGAAUUGGGCUGCCAGUUUGUACACAGCCUUAUUGGUUUAAACAUGAACUCAAAAUGUCAGAUUCCAUGUGGUUUUCUGCUGUUUACACAUUAGGGAAAAGGUAUCUGUUUUUCCUCUGCUCUGCCUGUAGGGCUCCUUUUCCCCACAUGCUGCUGUCUGUAAUGUCUGUUUUUUGGGGGUCUGUGCAAUACAAGUCUCUGUACUCUCCCAACAAUUGGUAAACUGCAUAAUGUGCAUGUGAUCUAUGAUGUCUAUCUGUAUCUGAUUUGAGAAUAUUGGCUCACAGGACUGUUCUAGAAUGACAGCAUGAAGUGAGCAUUCUAUUCACUCACAUGAUUAUAAACUUGAGCAUUUGUUUCAUAUUGAGCUCACAUGAAUGCUUUUUAAUGGGAGGGUACAGUACACAAUGUACUUUGUAUUUGAACUGAACUGUUUUAAUCAGUGGUCCUGCCACAUUGUAAUCUGCUAUGCAGAGAAGUAACAUUUUGCACUUGUCCAAGACAUUACCAGCGUGUCACAAGUCUCUUGGAGUUGCUGUAGCUACUGUAUUAGCAUGGGUUGUACUAUGAAGCCUUGUGUGACAGUUCUACUGUUAAAGCCUAACUUCCCUUACUGCACAACAAUCAGCUCACGGUACAAUUCAAGAUCCCAUGUAGGUUUCCUUAGGCUUUGAUGUUCUAAAAAUGUCAAAGGGUAUGUUUUUGUUUCCUGUGGGAAAAUGGUGGUGCUGUCAGUAUCGGACCAGAGUCAAAAGCUACAGCGGUGAUCUCAGGGGACCUGCUGUUUCACAGAGACCCAGACCACAGUGCCAAAUUUGGAGCAGUAUUUGGGAGGAGGGGGCAGUUUAGGGUUUAGGGUUGGGUGGGGAGUUGUAAUGUAAGCCUAUUUAGAUUGGAACUGCAACCUUCACAACUGCCCAUUGCAUUCUGUUAAAUAAUUCUGAGGAAUAUAUGAAAUAUAUAU